AUGCCUGCUACUCGUCCUUCAUCCGAUCAAAUCCUCCACCGUCUCUCCUCCUCCGAAUAUGAAAUCAAGCUCAAAGCUAUCAGAGAAGUUAAGAAUCAGAUUAUUGGUAACCGUACCAAAAAACUCUCGUUCAUCAAGCUCGGAGUCGUUCCCUCCGUCGCCCUUGCUCUCGCUGAAGCAAACGCUGAUUCCGAUUCCGGUGCCAAUCUUAUAGUUCAAUCGGCCGCUGUUCUCGGUAGCUUUGCUUGUGGCGUCGAUGAAGGUGUUCACGCCGUCCUGGACGCCGGAGCUUUUCCUCAUUUAAUUCGGCUCCUCUCUGUCGCCGAUGAGAAGGUAGUGGAUGCUGCUGCGCGCUCUUUACGAAUGAUCUAUCAGUCAAAACUGGCUCCGAAAUUUGAUUUUCACAAGGAAGAAAACAUGGAUUUUCUUCUUUCACUAUUGAGAAGUGAGAAUGAAAAUCUUACUGGACUUGGUGCAGGCAUUGUUAUUCAUUCUUGUCAGACAAGGGAUGAACAAAAUAUAUUAUCUGAUGCUGGCUCUUUAGAGAAACUUAUUAGUGGUCUUGAUGGUUCAAUAAACCAGCGAGAUGCUAGUUUAGAGUCCAUAGCUACAAUUCUUAAAAAGAAUCCAGCAGCUGUCGCCAAGUUUGCGGAACUUCAAAAUGGAAGUGCGCUGCGUUCUGUAAUUGAAUUAACCAAGGACCGACACUCUCGGACAAGGUUGCUGGCCUGCUUGUGCCUAAUCUGUAUAAAGAAUUCUUCAUCGCGCUAUCUGCAAGACAUAGCAAUCAAAACCAAAUUGAUAUAUAUUUUGCUUGAGCUCCUUGAUGAUUCUGGUCAAGUUGGAGAAGAGGCUUCCUUUGCUUUUUCGAGUUUAGUUGCUGGAAAGGAAGAUUUGCAGAAGUUAGCAUUUGAGGCAAAUGCUAUAGACAAAUUCUACAAUCACUUGCAAAAUUGUGAUUUACAUCCCAAACGUCUUGAAGGGAUAUUUCUAGCACUGGCCGAUCUUUGCUCAAAACUUGAAUGCUGCAGGGCGAGGUUUAUGUCAUUGCAGGUCUUAAAUCUAUUAAUUAAUGCCUUAACCCAUGAUGAAGCCAAUGUGCGGACUGCAGCUUGCAUUUGCUUAAAAACUGUCUCACGCUCAAUCAAGAAUUUGAGUGCAGGUUAUUUCAUGAAUGAAAGGAUUGUCCUUCCAUUAGUCCGACUUCUCUCAGAUCUUUGCACUUCUGUCCAAGUUGCAGCCCUUGGUGCUAUUAGCAACAUAGUAGUGGACUUUACACCAAAUAAGUCAACAUUCAUACAAUGCGGUGGCAUUAAAGAGCUUGUCCAUUUGACGAAGUCUAUGGAUUCGUCUUUAAGGUUGAAUGCUGUGUGGUCCUUGCGGAACAUGGUAUUUCUCGCUGAUAAGAUGUGCAAGGAAGCAAUUUUUAUGGAGUUGACUGCUUCUUCAGUAGCUAGCCUUAUCUGUGAUCCAGAGCCUUGUGUUCAACACCAAGCUUUGGCCCUUGUUCGCAAUUUUGUUGAUGGAUGUAUGGAUUGUGUUGAAUUUGCUUUUGCUGAAAAUGGUAUCAUACUGGAUGCUGUUGAAAGGCAAUUGAAAAAAUCCUCAAGAGUUGAAAUCAUUAUACAGGGGAUGUACGCAGUCAGCAAUAUUGCAAGUGGAAACGAGUUUCAUAAACAAGCCAUAAUGCGGCUUCUCUUUCCAGAAGGAGAAAGUGGAUCUCACUCUUUCUUGAGUCAGUAUUUGCACAAUAAUGACAGCCGUCUACGCACAUCUGCUGCUUGGAUUAUAGUAAAUCUCACUGCUCCUGCAAGUCCCGGUGCAAUUGGUCGGAUUGCAAAACUGCGCAGUUUUGGCAUUGUUUCUCAAAUCAAGAGGAUGGCCAGUGACCCUUGCAUGGAUGUUAAGCUUCGAGCGCGAACUGCACUUGGGCAGAUUAUAUCUUUUGGUGAUAGUUAA